AUGGGGACAACAGAUGGCGAGCAUUACCGGAGCGAGGACGUGGAUUCUUGUGAGCGGGUGCAAGUUUCCACACAUCCGCGACUUGUUAGUGCAAACGAAAUAACAGUACAGCAGCCAACUGUACUUGAGCAUGCACGGCCGAUUUUAACGCCAACUGAGCGGUUACGUCGCAAUGAUGAAAAAGGUGACCUCGCUGAACUGGAGAAAUUAGCCGAACAGUUAACCGGUAUGGCGGUUGCCGAGCUAAAACAACGUGACGGGCAAGAGUUGGCGAUGAGUGCAAUUGUACAUGGCAAUCGUUUGCUAGAUGCAAUAAAUCAAGGUUAA